AUGUUUAUAAAGGGCUAUGUAAUAAAUGAAAACAAAGGAAAAUAUUUCAACUUGAUGGGUAGGAAUGUAAUGAAAGAAAAGCAUAAGAAGACGCUUACAAAAGAUAAGAAGAACGUAGUACAUAUAUUUAAAGAGGAGGAAGUAGAAGAAAAAUACAACACCAUAGAUACAAUCAACAGUUUGUUAGGUAAAGUAAAAAGACAAUUUAACAUAAAUUUCGAUUUAGAAGAAGAAAAAUUGGCAAGAGAGAGAAGGAAAAGAGAGCGUAACUGGGAUCAGAACAGCAGGGGAAGCAGUAAUGACAGUAGUGGAGAUGGUAGCAAUGGCAAUGGUAGAAACGAGAGGAAAGAACUGGAGAGUAUUUUUGGGAGCAUGCUUGACGGAAGCUUCAAGAUAGGUCGAGCCAAUACCAUGUUUAAAGAAUUAAAAGAAGAAAAAAAAUUGGUAGAUAGAAAAUACAAAGCAUUAAUAAAUAGAAAAUUAAAAUUAAGAAAAAAUCAGUUUAAAAAGUUAGAGGAAGAUUUAAAGAAUGGCACAUUUAAAUCCUCAUAUAAUGAUGAACAGAGAAACUUUUUACAAAAAGUUUUGAAGGAAAUGGAGGAAGCAAUAGAUCCUAUAAUGAAAGAAAUAGAAAAAAUAGAAAAAAAUCAACAUUUAAUAUAUGAUGAAAAAAAUGAGCUUUUAGUAAAACUGAGAGAAAAUAUUAAUGAAAAAAUUAAUGAAAUAAAUUUAAAAUAUCAAGAAGAAGCUAUUAAAUUAGGAAUAAAAAAAAUUAUGGAUGCACAUUAUGAACAAACCAAAACACCCUUAGUUUGGGAUUUGACACAAAUGGAUUGGCCUAAGGCUGUUUAUCCAUUAAUAGAUAAUAUGAAACUAAAAGCUGAUAUAUAUUGGAAAUCAACAGUAGUUGGUGGAAAUAGAGAAGAAAAUGAAUAUUUCAUUACUCCAUUUAAUAUUCCAGGUCUAGGAGAGAAAAAAAAAAAAAGAAAAGGAAGAGGUGUAGGUAGUAAAAGAGGAGGAUCAUCAGGAAGAGGAAUGAAAGGACAGAAAAGUAGAAGUGGUGGUUCUAUACCCAUUGGUUUUGAAGGAGGACAAACACCAUUAUAUAGAAAAUUACCAAAAUUUGUUUCUGCUCCACUUGGACCUGGUCAUAGAUUUAACAGAUAUGAAUAUGAAUUAAUUCCACUAAAUUUAAUUAAUUUAGCUUAUACAAGAAGUGGGGAAAAAAAGCAUCUUGAAAUUGAUUGGAAUGUAAUAGACAAACUAGGGUUAAAAAUAGGAAAGUAUAAAAGAAAGCAUCCAAUAAAAGUUGUUGGCUGUAAUUUAAAAAAAUUUAAAAUGAAACAUGGUUUUGAUUUCAAAUAUUAUGCAAAAGAUGUUUUGGUGAAAGCUCAUGCAUAUACCGUUAAGGCUGCUAGAGAAAUUAUAAAACAGGGAGGAAGAUGUUUAUUGUUAAAAAAGAAUACGCAUGAUAUAGUCUAUUCAGAAUAUAAUCCAGAUGAUGAAAAUUUUAACAGAAUUCCUAGAAGAAUUGUUUUUUCAGGAAAACCGUCCAAAUAUGAAAGAAAAUUAUAUUGGCUGAAAAAUGUGAAAAAUGUGAAAAAGAACAUAGACCAGGAUAAAAACGGCUGA